AUGGGAAUACAAAAGUUAACUGGGGAAGAACGUAACUCGCUUCUUUCACCUUUGCUUGACAAAUCCUCUUGGGAAAUAGUACAAGAUCGUGACGCAGUAAAGAAAACUUUUACUUUCAAGGAUUUUAAUGAAGCCUUUGGUUUCAUGACUAGAGUUGCGUUAAGAGCCGAUAAGGUUGACCAUCAUCCGGAAUGGUUUAAUGUGUAUAACCGCGUUGAAAUAACUCUUACAACACACGAGUGUCAAGGUCUAUCUCAAAGAGACUUGAAUCUUGCUAAAUUCAUUGAUAAUUUAUACAAUACUUCUGCCAAAUGA